GACACGAGUAUACACAUGAAUAUAACUCCGAGAACAACAUUUCUUCAAAAUUUUGAUAUCUCAUCAAAAAAAGCAAGCAGUCCUGAAUACCGUCUUGUUUCUCUUCACAAUCAUCCCCCCUCAUCACGGAUAGCAGUUCCACACACGUGAAGUGAAGAAGAAGAAUAAUUGCCUACUGAGGCAAAAACAGAGGGUACAUUUAACAUACGCAUACAAUUGUACGGUUCGCGAUCGGUUGAGUGGUUUCACACACAACAAAUUCAAAAAGAUGCAAUCAAUCCAGUGGGUCAUUGAGAGAUCGUCAUAUUAUUAUUAAAUAUGAAUGCGUUCAAAACCGAAAUGAAUUCGAACGUGUUCUAUGUUAAAUCGUAUCAGAUGGAAGGAGAUUUCUCGUAGUGUUUGUUUCGCCCUGUUUGUUGUUGUACCGAUCGAUGUUUGAUUUGUGUUUAGAUAUGGAUGUAGAAUUGUUAUCUGAUCCGUUGCCAUUUUUUGUUCGGUUGUCUUUGUGGAUGGAAUGAUUAUUAGAGGGUAAUUGUGGGAUAUGGAGGGUGCAGAACAUGGUGGAAAACCUCAAAAUAUACUUCCAUAGUUUCGUCCUCUUGACCUUCAUAAGCGGUUUAGUAUGGCAGUUGAUAAAUAUGAAAGAUGAAAUUCCAGAAGAUAGGUACGUCGCAGACGUUUUCGAAUACAAAGAGAGGUAUUUCACAAUGUGGAAUAUGGUGCUUCAAUUCAUUUAUUUCUCAAUGGCUCUCAGUGAGGAUGUCCUAGAUACGAAAACUUGCAAAGUUGAGCUUCCAUUCUCCCGACCAACUCUUAUUCGUUUGAAGGCUUUCAUCUUUUCUGCAUUAGCAGUCCCAGGCGCAGCUUUCGUAUGUGUUGUGUUUUGGGGUUAUUAUUUUUACGAUAGGGACUUGGUCUUUCCAAAAUACGCAGAGUAUUUCUGCAUGUUAUAUUCUAAUCAUGUGGCACACACUUCAGUCGGUGUUUUUGUCCUGCUGGAGUUCCUCUUCAUAAGACAUCAUCCUGUGAUUAGUUUUACGAGUUGCUUCUUGGCCAUGACAGCAGUGCACCUCAGUUACUAUGUUGUGUUUUUCUACCAUCGUUUUUCACUGGGUCGUUUUUUGUAUCCAGUAUUUUAUAACCUGACCUGGUUCCAAGUUGGCCAGGUGUUGACAAUGGGAUAUGUGUGGACUCUGUUAGCAGCCAAGAUAGGAAUUGAAGUACAGAAGUAUAUGAAAGUGGAGCAAAUUGAAGAAAAAGCGUCAGAUGUUGAAGUGAAGAGUUGAUGGUCAAUAAUUUGUGUAGUGAUCAGAAAUCAGGACUCAUUCAAGUGAAGUGAUUCGAAUUAUAAGGAAAAUAUACUUAAAGAAGAACCACCGAAUGGCCUAUCUGGUGGAAAAAUUUCAACAAAUCCUAAUCUUUAAUCCAACAGAUAUUUUACCAAGGAAUAGGGGAUGCAUGUUUAUGAAUUCAAGACUGAUUUUGUGGAUUGAUGUGCCGAAUUAAGAACCAACAAUUUUAUUGCAUUUGCCCACAGGUGUAUUCAGAAAAUUUCAACUAAAGGUUUAACAGUCUAUCGACUUUUGAAAUUAUUUCACAAAAUAACAAUAAGUGUAACAAUCUGUGGAUGUAUCGAUGAAUGUGUUUCGGGUAUUGAUGGGAAAUCAUAAAAUAAACAAUUAAA